CGUGUCGUUAGCAUCCAACAAGACCAGAACCAUCUACGACGACCUACGGUUACGUUCAUUGGAUCGCGUGUGCUAUUCGCAUAUUUUGUUUUAUUUUUUGGGACAUCUCAUUGGAUUUUGUUCACCCCGUUCUUCCUGCCUUUGUAAUUUACUAUUUGGAUACGACUUAAAUGAAUAUUCGUAAAUGUGGCAGGGAUCGCGUCGCGGCCCACGCUCCAAGCAUCAGUCAAAAUGUGCGAUGGACGAGGACAAUCAGGAUGGAGAGCAGUUCGAGUUAGUGGAUCGACGUCGCCUCCAUCAGACGGGGACGCCGCCUCCGUCCACAACCCAGAUACAUCACCAUCACCACCAUCUUCAGCAGCAAUUGCAACUGCAGCAGCAGCAACAGCAACAUCAAACACCUUGCAUCCAUUUCCCGCCGCCACCUAAACAUCCUCCGCCCCAUUCCGCGCAUCAGCAUCACUCUCAGCAUCAUCAACACCAUCAGCAUCAUCAUCAUCUUCAGCAGCAGACCCAUCAAAGGAUGGCCGAUGAUCAUAUGCUCAGCCUCCCCGGUCCUUCGACUGACUACUCUUACGCGUACUACGAACCCGGUCCUCCGACCCGACACCACAACGUACCCCACAGAUACCUAGGAGGGCCAGGAACUUCAAGAUCUUACCGCGAAGGUUCUUACAGAUCGGUUCCACCAGCUUGUCCUCUCGAAGUUUCUUCUAAAUCGCUUAGGAGUAAGCACACUUAUCUGACUCGUUACGGGACCGAGGAGAACAUCUACGAGGAAAUAAGUGAAGUCGCUCGGGCUCGUAUGCGCCCAAUCCAUCAGGAAUCGAUGAUUUCUUUGAACCAAAGCCUCGUCGAAGAGGAACAGAGGAGGGUCCAGCAUGGACACCGUCGCGUCCUCGGUGAGCUCAACCUCUCCGUGGAGGCGAUGCUCAUGCCUUCGAGUUCGCGCGAAGGCAGCGACGAUACCGAGACAGAGGUUGACGAUCAACUCGCAGAUCUGCUCACCGUCGGCCCCACAGACGAUCUCUUAUCCCCGGUACCAUUAGUGGACUUGGACAGUGGUUUCAGUGGUAGUUCUAGUGGUGCUAGUUACAGAAGUGCAGCAGGCAGUUUGCGACGUGGUCCAGAAAAAAACAGGAUUCAAACCCAGAAGGUGCAGCAGCCUCAGCCGGCGGAAACUCCGAGCAAGAGCUUCUGGAGCCGCAAAGCUUGGAGGAAACUAGGUUUCUCCAGCACCAGUCUCAACAAGAGCAAAGAAAAAGAUGAGCCACGAGUUCGUUCCGGCGUCUGGGAAGAACCGGCAUGUGAGAGAAGGAUGGUUCCUCCUUUGGUCCACACCAGAACUCUCCAACAUUCCGCAUCUCAGCGCAGCUCGGAGGACAGCUGGUGCUCAGGGUCUGACCCAGAUCUCUCCUCCGAUGAAGAGAGUGAACGCAGCGGCACAUCCAUUUCCCGAAGCAAUGGACAAAUUCGUAAUACUUUGAGCAAAGCUAGGACUUUCUGCGAUAAGCUGCGUGGCAGCGGAGGUUCUGGUGGAGGACCAAGGCUUUCUCUUGACAGCAAUAUACCUGGAGACACUUCGCCUCAAAAUGCCGCGAAUCAGGGUAGGUUGUCCAGAUGGUUCAGCAUGCGGCGCGGCUCGACCCAUCAGUACGAUAUCGAAACUACGGGUUCGGAAUCACCGACCCGCAAUCCAAGCAGCACCAGCAACAAGCAGAUGCCUCUUCUUCCAGAGGUGGAAGAAGAAUCCCAAUUCUUAAACUGCACUCCGCAGCAGAGACGUCUGAUGCCACCCACCCUGCCCACGGCUCCAUCAGAUUUGACACCGCAGCAGCUGAAACGAAGAAUGAUUGUCGCCGCUAUUAUCCACAGUGAAAAUUCCUACGUGGCCACAUUACACAGACUGGUCAAUGAUUACAAGAAACCUUUAGAGGAGAGCAGUCCGCCAAUAUUGAGCGCCUCGAAGAUCUCAACGCUCUUCCAUCGCCUGCCGGAGAUACUACAGUGCCAUACAUUAUUCCGAGUUGCUCUGGCAGAAAGUGUCCGUAACUGGGACCGCGACGAGAAGAUCGGGGAUGUCUUCUUCGCAUCGUUUUCCAAAUCCAUCGUCCUCGACAUUUACAGCGGUUUCAUCAACAACUUCUCCGUGGCCAUGGAUCUCGCCAAAAUGGAAGCCAAAAGAAAAUCUGCACUAGCCGAUUUCUUUAAGGUAAAGCAGAUAAGUUCUCACGACAGGCUAUCCUUUUUUGGGUUGAUGGUGAAACCGGUGCAGCGCUUCCCGCAAUUUAUCCUAUUCCUACAGGAUUUAUUAAAGCACACGCCGCAAGGACAUCACGAUCGUAUGAGUCUUCAGCUAGCUUUGACGCAGUUGGAAUCCUUGGCUGAGAUGUUGAACGAGAGGAAACGAGAAGCCGAGCAGUUCCAGGCUUUCAAAGAGAUGCUCCGACAUAUCAGCGGUAAAUUCUCCUCGAGGCCCUUGUGCGAUGGUAACAGGUACCUCCUGAGGGAAGACAACGUUACCCAAUUAGAAUUUAACCAGUGCGGAUUAAUAACGAAGGCGAAAAGUCGUCGUCUCCUGCUGCUGAACGAUCUGGUGGUAUGCGUUGCGGUUUCUCCGAGAUCGUCCGACGAUUUCGGUGUCAGCGAGAGAUUGAACUUGAAGUGGAUGUUCCCCGUCUCGGAUAUAGAAAUCCAAGAUACCAGUGCUUCUCCGACCUUAAGUCGGAUAUUGACGGCCGGAGCCAAUAAAAGUGGAAGUCUGAAAUCGAAUGCUUCGUUUGAGGGAACCCAACCCCAGGCAGACAAUAUAUGCACGGAGAUGGGAAAUCUGAUGCACGAUUACGAGGUGAUGUCUCGUAUUUCGGAUUUGGUCGGCACGCUCCGCGGCAACUACAAGGAGCUUAGCGUUGAGAACACCAAGAAGAUACUGCACCAGAUACAAAGUUCGAUACAGCACAAGGACGAAGAGAUGGCUUGGAUGGAUUCCUGCUGUUUGCAGCUGGUCGCCAAGUCCAAGGGUAAAGAAGAAGUGUUCACUUUCCAGACGGACAGUCCGAAUGUGAAGAAGGAGUGGAUAACAGAGCUGAGAUUAGCGCAGUUGGCUUUGGAUCCUAGCAACUCUCCGGCUUGGGAAGUGCCCGAGCAGGAGCAGAGGCCCAGUACCAAAAUGCCGCUGUUCGUCAAAUCUCAGCCAGUUUACAAAUCCCAGCAUGAAAGCGAAGUGCGCUGCGGAUGUUAUUACACGAUCAACGCUCCAAAAACGACGCGCAGACGUUACAAAACUCAGAACUAUCUGUGGGUCUGCACGACGGACGGAGCCAGUUCACAUAUAUCGGUGAUGGUCCAGCACCAACAACAGGCUGGAUCUCUUCGGGAAAUAAAUUUCUUCUCGUUGGUAGAAACGCAGGUGACUGCGAUGGAAUACGUGAAGGGUAUAUCUCAGCCCAGUUCCGCUUUGGCCGGAGAUUCGGUUUGGAUGGGAACGGGGAGCAGGAAAAUUCUGCUAUACGCUGCGGACGAACCGGAAAAGGAGCAGCAGAUCGGCAGCAGCAGUGUCCCUGAUGUCAUUGUGCAAAUCAAAUACCACUGCGACAAUGUCUUCGUCGCGCUUGGAAAUGGAAUGUUGCUGAUAUAUAGGAGGAAUCCGAUUGAUGGAACGUGGAUUUUGAAGGAUCCGCAAUUAAGAAGUUUGGGCUCCGAUCCGGUAUCAAGUUUGCUACCAAUAAAUAUGUGCAUGUACGCGGCUUGCGGCAAGAAAGUUUGCGUCCUGAAUGGAUUGACUGGGGAAGUGCAGAAGGACUUUAGCAUUCAGCACGAGCACGUGGGUAAUGUGAAUUUGAUGGCGCACAGCGGGAUAGGUUUGUGGAUUUCGUUGAAGAACUCCAGCACCAUCUGUUUGUACCACACGGAGACUUUCAAGCAUCUGCAGGAUAUAAAUAUCGCUUCGAAUGUUAUGAGGGUGACAACGAGCGGAUCAUCGUCGAACGAUUGCAUGAAUAACAACAGGUCUAAGGUCAACGUUACUGCUUUGUUGGCUUGCAAAGGUCUUCUGUGGGUGGGAACCAAUGUUGGUAUAAGCUUGACCAUUCCGUUGCCCAGAUUGGAGGGCGUACCAAUAAUCAGCGGUCGCGUGAACAUCUCGUAUCACGCGCAUUUCGGCCCCAUUUCGUUUCUUCUAGCUCUUCAACCAAAGAAUUAUGUAAAUUGCAAAAUAAAGGAAUUAGAAACGGAACAUGACGUCGAAAAACUGGAGAGGCCUAAAAUGGAGAAGCAGCUUUCGGACUCUUCGGUGAACAGCGUUACGGCGAAGUUGCGCCACCAUCUGACCAACAGUCCGGUGGUUAUCAGACGACGAAGAUCCAAAGAUAGCGAGUUAAGAUUAUCCAAGACAUUACCUAGAGGCUUAGGUAAUGGUGGAUCAAAGUUCUCCACUUCGACCACUUCUUCGCAAGGUUCCGGUGAUACUUGCGACGUUUACGGCCUCUACGGUGAACUGAUGUACGUUAAAGACUACGAAGUGGAUGAGCAUAUAACCGAUCCGGUUUACGAGAGUUUGAGGAGGAGCGACCCAGAGUUGGCAGCUAUACCAGCUAAAGUUAGCACUCUGGACAGAAGGCUGAAGAUGAAAGUGAGCAGACCCAGAUCGUUGGACUUAUCCAACUGGUCCGUAGACUCUAGGAGUUCAAGUCUGUACACUUCAUCUGGAAGCGAGGAGAGCAUGGCUAUUAGGAACUUAGGACGUAGCGUUUCGAGGAACAAUUCGAAUGCCAGUAGACAACUGAACGGAGUCGCAGAAGCCGUAGAAUCCGUUCAGGCUGUAACCAAUCUUAAAUGCACCAAUAACAAUACGAAGACGAUAGCUAGGAACAACCAUCAAGUGGACACUAGGAGGACGAUCAUCACUCUGAUGGGAGGAAAGGGUUACGUGAACUGGAGACAACCCUGCUGUCCAGCAGACAAAGGAAAGCAUCUCGCUACCAAUCCUCACGGGGCCAACAACAAUGACGCCCACAUCGUAAUUUGGGAAUUGAAGUUGUGAUUGAAUUUUGAUAAAUUAUGAACGGAUUCAAUGGAAAACAAAAAUACAAGAAAAAAAUAAAAUAAAAUUUCCAAUCUCUAAUUGUUAUGAAUGUUGUACACCAAAAAUUUGCAUUCAAAUUAUAAGCGUAUUUAUUUAUUUUUAAAAAUUUGAUCUAUAUAUUUUGUUUACUUGAGAAGAAGAAAAAAAAAAGAAAGAAAAAAUGAAUGAUUUAAAAAAAACUGUUGCAAAGAAUUUUAUGUAUGCGAGAUGAAUCAAAAUUUUGUUAUUUAUUAUAAAUGUUUCCUCCUUAUGCGUUAUAUUCUAAUUGUAAUUGCCAUCACGGAUUACUUUUGUUUUAAGUUUUUAAGAUGACUACACUGUGUAUAUUUUAUAUUGAUUAUUAUAUUAUUAUGAGACGAUGUCGAUGCGGUUCCUGCUCGAAGAUGUAGCAUGAAUCUAAAUGUUAUUUGUUCACUGUGUUUCUGAGUAUCCCAUUGAUCUUCACAAGAAACAAACAUAUGUAUAAAACUGAUUGUAUAGGAUUAUAUAUAAUAAAUAAAAAUAUUA